AUGGCUGGCUCCAGUCUCUCACAUACGGGGGUCCUUGUAGUGAUCAUCGUGCUGCACGCUGGACUAAGGGAGAACAAAUUCAUGUUAGAAAUCAUCGCUUACUACCCCCGUCCAGCAUUCUCAGAAUCCCCUCUCGUUAUUUUGCUGCUUUUAGGCCUAAGGGAGAACAGAUUAACAUUAGAAUUCAUCGCUUAUCACCAUGAUCCAGUGUUCUCGGAAUCACCCCCGUUAUUGCACUGUGCUGGUCACACCUCGGCCCUCACUGCUGACCUCUCCACGUGCGGGUCACCUGUAGUCACCACCAGGAUAGUUGGCGGAACAGAUGCUGUGGACGGAGAAUGGCCAUGGCAAGUCAGCGUGCACUACCAGGGAAGCCAUAUUUGUGGGGGGUCCCUCAUCUCCACCCAGUGGGUGCUGAGUGCGGCCCACUGCUUUGAAAACUCCGUUUCGGCGGCGGAUUAUCAGGUUUACUUGGGUUUCCAUCGCCUUUGGGUGAAGCCUCCGCCUCAGGCUGUUAUUUCUGGGGUCCACACCCUGAUUGUCAGCGCUGAAUAUAAUGGGACGGGGAGCAGGGGGGACAUCGCCCUCCUGAGGCUGUCCGCCCCCAUCUCCCCCUCCCCGUACAUCCUGCCCGUCUGCCUGCCCUCCGCCUCCGUCACCUUCCCCUGCGGCCUGGAGUGCUGGGUGACUGGCUGGGGCCACACGGCCUUCCACGGAGAUCGUCCUUCUAACGGGACCCUGCAGAAGGUCAGGACACCACUGAUUGACCAUGAGACAUGCGACACAUUGUAUCAUAUCUGGUCCCUCGACUACUCCACCAUCAUCCAGGAGGACAAAAUAUGCGCUGGUUUUGUGAAAGGGCAAAAAGACUCCUGCCAGGGAGACUCCGGAGGACCCCUGGUGUGUAAAGUCGAUGGUGUCUGGUAUCAGGCUGGCAUUGUAAGCUGGGGAGAAGGCUGUGCUUAUCCGUUUCGCCCAGGGGUCUACACCCUAGUUCCAGCCUAUGAGCAGUGGAUCAGAACGUUUGUGGAUGUGAACUUUACCGAUGUGACAGACAUGGCUGACCCCCCUUUACCGUGUGCAGACGGCCUGGACAAUAUAGAAUCUCUUGAGAGUAAAGGAAACAUUGGAGGAGAACAUCAUGGGUGGACACCCCUGGUUCUACUGCUUCUUCUGUGGAGAUGUUUAUAA